AUGUAUCGACUUAUCUCCUCUUUCGUGGCCUACGCCGCGUGUGUUGCUUGCACACCCCUCGAAAACGCCAUCCGAGACUACUCGGCCGGCUGCUCAGAGACCUCGUUCGGCGACUUCGAAUGGACAGUACAAGACUUCGACUACCACGCUUCAUACAUCUUCACUACCCCUGCACACCAGAACUCAUGGGGCUAUGUGAACUUCAACCUGUCGAACCCUGCAGUGCCGGAUCUCCUGGCUUCAUGCAACGCAGCAAGCAGCCAGCUCUCGGAUUUCUUCUACGGCACCAUGCAGUACAACUGCACCUUCGAUGGACAAGUGGGCCAGCCGGGACCAGCACCGGCUAAGUUCACAUUCAGCCGACCCUCUGGUGAACUGGUCAUCGACCAAAAGUGGGUUUGUCGCGAUCAAGACCCUCAGUACCCUAUCACGUUUUCUGCCUCUGGGCAGGUCAACCUGACGCUGGACUGCACUGACACUACCUGGCAAAACACAAACUGGACUCUGGGCCAGAUUUACUCGAGCAGGAACGUCGAAUGUGCACCAGUGACGGUUGACCUGAAGCCGUCUCAAAUCUCAGCAAUUCCUCACCAUUGCGGCGGCAAUUGCCCUGCCGCGGCGUUGGCACCUCUCUACGAGGACCGAGAUCCCAGUGUCACGCCUAUUCCGGGCAAGUUUGUUGUGAAGUUGAAGAACGAUAUCAACACAGACACAGCAAGCGAGGUUGAGAGCCUCAUGGAUGGAGUCGACUACUUCUACAAUGUCACUUCGUUCAAGGGCCUUGCCGGAAAGCUCGACGAUGCUUCUCUUGAGUCUGAGUUCAGGGGUCGUGCCGAGUUUCUGGCGAAUUUCGCAGGCGGCGAAGAUGAUGGUUCACAUGGGACCCAUGUUGCCGGCACCAUCGGUGGAGCAACCUACGGUGUGGCCAAGAAAGUUAGGCUAUACUCUGUCAAGGUGCUGCAUGACCCUGCGCCCCCAAGCAGUGAGGUCAGAAGCAACCAGGUCAGAAGCAGCAACGCCAUCCUUUCCAAUGUCUUGAAAGGAAUGGCAUUUGUUGCAAAUGACAGCCAGACGCGGCACUGCCCAAACGGAACCGUUGCCAACAUGUCUUUCAGAGGUGGAUUUUCUCAAGCCGCCAAUGAUUUGGCCAAGGAUCUCCUCCUCAACGCGGGUGUCUUCGUCGUCGUCGCUGCUGGCAACGGUAACAGAAACGCGAGCCGCGUUUCUCCCGCAUCUGAGCCGAGUCUCUGUACCGUAGGCGCUACGGACAAUAACAAUCGCAUGGCUGAAUUCUCCAAUCACGGUUCUGUGGUAGACAUCAUGGCACCGGGAGUCGACGUUCUUUCUGCUUUCAAUACCAGCACAACUGCUUGGGCUUUGGGGAAUGGUACUUCGAUGGCCGCUCCCCAUAUUGCCGGCCUUGCCGCCUGCCUCCUCUCCUCCGGGCACAAGGACCCAAAGACUUUGUGCGACUACAUGGUGAAGACAGCAAGCCCGGUAAUGACUGAUCCCGAGAAUAAAGAUGACACCGUCAAUUUUGUUGCUUUCAACGGUAACCCGAAGGGUUGA